AUGAUUACACGUCGUGUCCCAUUUUCAUCACCUUAAUUUCGCUUUAUAAGCCUGUAUCGUCAUCACAAGAUCAUCUGGUGUAUGAAACCGCCUCUAGCAUUAAACCUGUCUUGUUUUCUCACUAGAAGGCAGCACUGUGAUUUUUAACACAAGUAUCUUAGGGCUUUUAUUGUAACAGCGUCAAAGAAUGCCCGUCGAUAGCGGGUCACCGCAUCAAACAUGUCUGUCUGCAGGUCUCUGCCAUGAGCGUCUGACGCACUCAGGAAGCGUUUCACCACAGCGUUCCGCGACGCGCUCAAUGCGACUGCGGAUAUUAAACACUGUUUCGGGCGCCAUAGAGGAAUGAUUAUCCACAAUCCAGUGAUUAAUAUUAAAUAAAGGCCUAGUUAUCGACUGAUGGAUCCUGAUUUGAAGCGUCGCUGUGGUCCGGGCGAGUCAGAGGAAACGCUUGACCUGAAGUGUUGCAAAAUGUGCACAAUGAUUUGUGAUGGACAGGAUGAAGAGGACAGUGCUCUCUCACACCCUUGUGUUUAUGACCAGUCAGCACUGUGACUCCCACACAUGCCAUAGAUGUCCUUCCCUUAGCUCACUGAGCUAACUUUAUUUCUCCUCAUCACCCCUGUUAUCCUUCCACUCUUCCCUCUCUCAUGCCUCUUGCUCUGUCUUCACUCUGUCUCUCUUCUCUUAUCUGUCCCUUGUCCAUCUCCUUUGAUUUUCCCGUCCUCCCUUCCUCUGUCACUCCUGCUCUUUGUUGGAUGUGAUAAUGGUGUGCUGCGGUCAAGCGCUGGACUCCCCCUGCACUCUGGCUCUGUUGGUGGGCUUCCAGUUCGCGUUUGUCCUCUACUUCUCCCUGGGAGGCUUUCGUGGCCUAGUGUCUGUAUUGGUUCAUUCCACUGAGCCUGAGAUAGACUACUCUCGACCACAUGACGUCUACACCAACCUCACAUCUCUGCUGCUCCACCAUCCAGGACCCAGUGGACCAGAACAGCAGCUCAGGGACUGUGUGCUGCCCUCUCCACUGCUGGUGGGUCCUGUUUCUGUCCACCUCUCCUCACCCCCUUCCCUGGAGAAGAUAAAAGAGAAGAACCCCUUGGUGACCUUAGGGGGUCAUUACCGCCCGCCAGACUGUGAGCCAUGGCACCACACAGCCAUCGUGGUCCCCUACCGGAACCGCCAGACCCACCUCCGCGCCCUCCUCUACCAUCUGCACCCCUUUUUGCAGCGGCAGCAGGUCCACUACGGCAUUUACAUUGUGCACCAGUCAGGGAACUCCACCUUUAACCGAGCGAAGUUGCUGAAUGUUGGAGUGCGGGAGGCGCUGAAAGAGGAGGGCUGGAGCUGCAUUUUCCUGCAUGACGUCGACCUGCUUCCUGAAAAUGACCACAAUACCUACACCUGCCACCCCCAGUACCCUACACACCUCUCUGUAGCUAUGGACAAGUUCAGAUACAGGCUUCCAUACUCGCAGUACUUCGGAGGGGUGUCUGCUGUAACCCCAGAGCAGUACCUCAAGAUGAACGGCUUUCCGAACCAGUAUUGGGGCUGGGGAGGAGAGGACGAUGACAUCGCAGCUCGAGUCCGUCUCUCUGGGAUGAAGAUAAUGCGCCCGCCUUUGGCCAUUGGUCAUUAUAAGAUGAUCAAACAUAAAGGAGAUCAGGGUAAUGAGCAGAACCCGAGAAGGUUUGACUUGCUGAAGCGCACAAGGCUGAACUGGCACUCAGAUGGACUGAACUCACUGACUUAUGAGCUCCUAUCCAAAGAGUUGGAGCCAUUGUACACUAAUUUGUCUGUCAACAUUGGGGAUGAUCCACACCGUCCCCCUGUGAAGGCUCCACCUCGGAAGUCAGAGCCUCAACCCGCUCCAUCUAAUAAAACGAAGACUGAAAAAGUGGGUGCGGUCAUCAAUCAUAAUGCUACAAAAGUGGAGCCCACCCACUUGAAGGCCAAUAAUGAAAGUUCAAAUGUUGGUCAAAAAGCUCCUUUGAACCAGAAGGUGGGAUGAUACUGAUAAUGGAGUAUCCACAGACAAUUCACAGUUAUUAAUGGAUAGUGGAGGGAAAACCAGUUUGCUCUUGUUUUAUAUCGUAAAGCAUUGCUACUCUUGGCAAAUAAGUUCACUCCACUGAAAGUUGACUGAAACUGUUCGGCCACCUCUGAAUGUUGUUCAGCUGCUGAUAU